AUGUCUUCCAACCGCCACAGUCCAACUGAAUACGAAGGGGAGUCGUUCGCCAACGCCCUCGAAACCGCCCAGAUCCAGGACAACCUCAAUGUCGAAAUCCCCAGGUCCACCUCCACUCGAUCUCUAACUGACAGUCCACCAAUCGGCACAAUCACAUCGCCAGAAACGACGGAGAAACCUCCGCUUCCUUCUGAAUCGCAGGACGAAAAGAAGGACGAGGUUGUCGACCAGAGUGGCGAGGAGCAGGGGGGACAGAACAACAAGAAGAACAAGAAGAACAAGAAAAAGGAGAAGGACGAAAGAAUUGAUGGGAAUGAAACCAACGACGACGCAAACACCGUGACAGAUGAGACCUACGAUGCGGACGUGCCGGAGCAAGGAUCCGAGGUUACUCAGACCGAGGAGGUAGGAGAGGUUGACAAGGAGGGACACGACGAGAUGGCUCCUCACAAGUCACCUCUACUCACAUCCCACCGUCUCUCAACCGCGUCGUCGCUGGACGAAGUGAACCUAAUGAACAGCAAGGACGACGAACUGACAGACAAGGGGCCAAGCCCAAGAGACAAGACGAACUCACCCCCGGUACCUCCCAAGGACGACACAGCCCCGCAGAGCUCCGGCUUGAUGGGACUGUCAGGAGCUCUUCCCUCGCUGCCAUGGGGAGCUCCUCCAGUGAACAAGAACCCUCCCCCCGCACCGCCACCACCCCCUACCCGCAAGCCCAGCGGUCCAUUCGCAUGGUUCUCUCGAAGCUCAUCCGGGCCAAAGGACGUCAAAUCGCCCCAAUCGGCCGCCAGUCGGCGCAACACUGGGACCUCUGUGUCGACCCUCGCCAGCAACCUAGAAGUUCGCGAUGGUGACGAUGUGUCGAGCAUCGGCUCUAAGAAGCCGAGACGGAACAGCUUGAAGGAUCAAUUCAAGAUGCUGCGCUUGCGCGAGGAGAACCAUGUGCCAGAGGUCGACGAGGCGAGCCUGCGAUCGGGCCAGGCUAGCAUCAGCCAUGCUGGAGCUAGUCCUCCUAUCAUUCGUGAGGAAGGAGAGGACGGCAUCCUAGCCGCCCCAGCAGAGCCUCACUCGGCGACAACACUGCACCCCAGAACGGGGUCUGUGUCUGAUGCCUCCACGCCGGUCGAUUGGGAGAUGUGGCAGCAGCUCGUGAACAAUGGACCACAGGCACUGGCCAGCUCCGAGGAACUAAACGCGGCCAUCAAACGCGGUAUUCCACAAACGAUCCGAGGAGUGAUCUGGCAGAUCCUGGCCGAUUGCCAGACAGCCGAGUUGGAGGACGUAUACCGAGAGCUUGUGGCACGGGGAACGACACACGAUAAGGACGGACGAACAUUAACAGGCGCCGAAACCACGUCCUCGCGCUCAUCAGUUCGCUCUGAAUCUGGGUCACGGUCAAGCAGCGCUGCUCCUAGUCCAUCCCACGAGGCGGACCCCGAUAAACUGGCCAAGGAACAGGCUUCCAGCGAGGCCGAGCGAGCGAAGAAGGCCAAGAGCGAUGUUGUUGCCUUGCAGAAGCUGGAGAAGACUAUUCGACGGGAUCUGGGUGCUCGCACAAGCUAUGCGAAAUAUUUCGUCUCGCAGGGUAGUCAGGAGGGCCUCUUUGGGCUGUGCAAGGCGUACGCUUUGUAUGAUGAAGGUGUUGGAUAUGCGCAAGGCAUGAACUUUAUUGCCAUGCCCUUACUGUUUAAUAUGGACGAGGUUGAUGCCUUUGCGAUGCUCGUGAAGCUGAUGAACAAGUAUUCUCUGCGAGAUAUGUUCAUUCAGGAUAUGCCCGGGCUUCACCGUAGCCUGUACCAAUUCGAGCGACUCCUGGAAGACCUGGAGCCUGCUCUGUACUGCCACCUUCGGCGCCGCGGAGUACCUCCCCAGCUAUAUGCCACGCAGUGGUUCUUGACACUGUUCGCGUACCGAUUCCCGUUGCAGCUGGUUCUUCGCAUUUAUGAUUUAAUCUUUGAAGAAGGGUUGGAGAGCACAAUCCUCAAAUUUGGUAUUGCAAUCAUGAAACGCAAUGCCGAGACUCUUCUCGAGAUGAAGGAUAUGAGUGUGCUCACAACUUUCUUGAAGGAACGUCUCUUCGACGCCUACAUUGAUAAACAGCCAUCCACUUCGUCGAUCCUGGAAUCAGGCUUCUUCGGCAGCUCCGGUGCUGCUGACAAGGAAGUUUAUCGGUCCGACAUCUUGGUACAAGAUGCUUGUGCAAUUCCUCUCACUCCCGAGAUGCUUGCCACGUACACCAUCGAAUGGGAAGAGAAGACACGCGCCGAGAAGGAACGUGAAGCCGAGCUUGAACAUCUGCGACAUACAGUUAGCACACAAGGCGCACGUGUCCGACUACUCGAGGAACGCGCCGAAGCAUCUGAUAAGGAGCAUGUGCAGUUAGCCUCGGAGCUGGUGCACGUCAAGGUAGAAAACGAGGAGCUGCGCGACCUCACCGAUGCCUUGAAGCUACAAGUCAGCGAACUCAAGAACGUGGUCGAUAAACAGCCGGCCGAAGUCGAGGAGAAACUCCGAAUGGAAAUGGAGCGGAUCAUGAAGCGCAACAUCGAAGUGCAAAACGAGAACCGCGCCAUGGAGGAAUCAAUGUCCGAGAUGGAGAAGGAAUUAGUUGCAACGAAGAUGAAGUGGGCAGAGAUCUCCGAGAACCACGAGACCCUGCGCCAAAAAUGGAGUGACCUACGCCGUGCUCUCGACUAA